AUGUCCGACGAAGCCAACUCCGGUGGUGGCAAGAUGGUGUCCGAAGACACCGUAGCUGUCCUUCUCAUGGCCAUGGGUAGCGUGUCCAUCACGAAAGCUCAAUUCAACAUCAUGUCGUCCCUGGACGGCACGAGGACGGCGUCUUCCUUUGAGCAUGCGUUCCGCCCCAUCACCAAGAAAGCGAAGGAGCUCAAGGCGCGCGUGGACAAUGGCGAGACGUUCGAGGCUGUUGCGCCGGCCAAGAAGCGUAGCGGUGCAGUUGAGGGCGCAACUCCCCCAACCACGCCCAAGAAGCCCAAGGGUACCCCGAAGGCUACUCCGAAGGCUACACCCAAGAGCCGUGGAAAGAAGGGCAAGGUGGCCGCCGAGGCUCCCCCGACCAACGACUUCGAGAAAGGGGUGGAGUUUGACAAGGACAUCGACCUCGACUUCGGACUCAAGAAGGAGGAGCUGGAGGACGAGCUCAUCUAG